AUGACGAAAGCACUUGAGAUUGCUGAUAAGGAGGCUGAGAAGGAAAACGAAAAGGCUUCCAAAGCCAAAAAAGGUGGUCGUGGUCGCGGCCGCAACACGAAAGUCGUGAAGGCUAAGGUCGCCACGACUGCCAUCGCCACGGUAUAUUCGUUGUUAUUCAUUCUCAUCCACAUGCAGCCCCAAGGCUGUCUGAUGAUCUAGAUAUACAGAAAGCCCUCACGUUGAAGACUUACAUAUUGGAUACACAGAAAUGGAAAAAGGAGUGUCAUUGGAGACCGACAGAGGAGAAAGAACUUCCUUUGUAUCCCAGAAAAUGAACACACUCCUUUCCCAACUAAUUAAAACAGGAAGCGCGACCUGGUGUAUCUGUCGCACUGGAGGCACUGCUCAAGUUGUGCAAGGGGAUUUUUGCUCUCCACCAGAGAAUUACCAGUGCUGCGAAGGGAAGUGUGCAGGAAUUCAGUACGCCAGUGGACUGGUAUAAUAUUCCAGCGGCAAUCUCGACACUGCAUGGUCUUAAUCCGCACUCGGACAAGCAGGCGCUGGGAGUAGUCAAACUGAUGGUGCUUCAAAAUAUCUUUUUACCUUCAGCAUCUCUUCAACCUAUGUUUUAACUUUAAAACGACCUAGACUCUCUGAAGCUUACGCGAACCUUGAUUCACCUUCUUUCUCUUAUCCUUCAUGAAGUCAAGAACUCCCUCAGUCCUUAUUCCUAAGCACACAUUCUCAAUCUCACUCAUCAGCAUCAAAAAAUUGGAAAAGCCGCUUUUUACAUGCUCCGCUCCGAAGCCGAUGUUACGAAGCUGAAGAAAAUGAUUGACGGCAAGGUGACAAUGAAGGAGAAGCAGGACGUCAUCGACAAGAACCUCCUGUCUCCGUAUUACCGUCUCUAUCCCGCUCUGCGUGGCAAUCUCCAGGACUAUGCCAGUGGCGACAUCGAGGAGAUUGAUGAUCUCGAUGGUGGAGAGGAUGGCGAAGACUACGAUGAUGAGUACAAUGAUGAAGAAAGUGACGGUGUAGAUGAUGGAGCAUCCUCCGAUGAGGAUAUUGAUGACGCCUUCCGCUUCUAA